GUAGUGCCAUACAAUUAUAUGCUAGUUAUUUUGAUUAGGGUGCAAUUAAGCUGCCCAAACCUUCUUGUCAUGCUAAACUAAACUAAAGAGGGACCUAUCAUCCAAACCCUAACUAGCUACCCCAAACAUGUGUGUGUCUCUCUCUUGUAUAUAUAUAUGGGUAUGGGUAUCCUAACACUACCCAUACCCCUUCUCCCUCACUCAAUCUCCCAUUUCCCCUCUAAUUCUACUUACUUAAGCUAGCUAAUAAUUAGCCCAAGAAAAAUCCCCUCUCUCCUCCUCUCCUCUCACUUAUCAAGAGAAAAUCAUUUUGGGAUCUGAAAAACAAAGAUAGAUAUGCAAGAUAGCUAGCUAGCAAGUUAUAGUCAAGUUUUGCUUGAUUUCUACUCGAUCGAUUCGAUCUCUAGCUAGGUGAAGGAUCAUGGCGUCGUCGUCGACGACGAACACGUCGGACGGCGCCGGGAAGCCGGCGUCGUCGUCGUCGUCGGCGUGCCCGAGAGGCCACUGGCGGCCCGGGGAAGACGAGAAGCUCCGGCAGCUGGUGGAGAAGUACGGCCCUCAGAACUGGAACUCCAUCGCCGAGAAGCUGGAGGGCAGAUCAGGGAAGAGCUGUCGUCUCCGGUGGUUCAACCAGCUGGACCCGCGGAUCAACAAGCGGCCCUUCACGGAGGAGGAGGAGGAGCGGCUGCUGGCGGCGCACCGCCACCACGGCAACAAGUGGGCCCUCAUCGCCCGCCACUUCCCCGGCCGCACCGACAACGCCGUCAAGAACCACUGGCACGUCGUCCGCGCCCGCCGCUCCCGCGAGCGCUCCCGCCUCCUCGCCCGCGCCGCCGCCGCCGCCGCCCACCCGCCGCCGUUCUCCUCCUACGCCAGCCAGCUCGACUUCAGCGGCGGCGGUGCGUCAUCAGGCGCGCGCAAUAGCUCGCUAUGCUUCGGCUUCGGCAUGAUCAACAGGUCGUCGUCGUCUUCUUCUUCUCCGGCGGCGGCGCCGUUCUUGAUCAAGUCGUUUAACGGUACGAGCUAUGGUACGCUGCUGCCGGCGACGACGUCCAUGGCGGCGGCGGCGCAGCCUGUGUCCACCAUCACCUUCUCCUCCACUCCCAUGAGAGAGACGCUGGAACUGAUGGAUGCCGGCGGCCAUGAGAACCACGGCGACGUCGACGGCGGCGGCGACAAGCGGAAGGGCGUGCCGUACUUCGACUUCCUCGGCGUCGGCGUGUAGCCGCCGUCGCCGGCGGCGGCGAGCCGGAGAUGGAUCGAUAGUGUUAUCCAAUGGAUAUGUUGUUAGAGAAGAAGCUGAGAUUAAUAUUUGUUGUUAAUUAAUGAUCAAUCGUAAUUAAUUAGGCGUCGCAUCUUAAUUGCAUGCAUGCACUAGAUCAGGAAAAAAGGGUAGCUAGGGACAUGCAUGCAUGGCCACUAGUGAUUAAGGAGAGGAUGAAUGAAACCCCCCUUACAACUUUGCCAAAUAAGUUUUUUUAAAAAAUUCAAUUUCCUAUAUGAGGUGAAUCGAUUAAUUAAUUAGCUGCUCAUGAUACAAAUUGUUGAGCUUUUCUCUCUGUUA